AUGUCGAAACACUUUUACGAUGAGGCUGAGGACCUUGUUCUCGAUGCCCUCGAGAGCUUGGUGCUGCAGCAUUCCGGCCUGACCUUGGACAAGUCAAAGAAGACACUUUGGCUCACAAAAAAUGACCCCAAAAAGGUCUCACUUCUCUCGGGAGGCGGCGCAGGCCACGAGCCCGCCCAUGCCGGCUUCGUCGGCGACGGCAUGCUCACGGCCGCCGUCUCGGGCUCCAUCUUCGCCUCCCCCAGCGUCGCGCAGAUCCUCUCCGGAAUCAGCCGCGUAGCCAGCCCCGCCGGCGUCCUCCUCAUCAUCAAGAACUACACCGGCGACGUGUUCCACUUCCACCUGGCAGCCGAGAAGGCCAAAGCCCAGCUCGGCGUGACGGUCGAGGUCCUCAUCGUCGGCGACGACGUCGCCGUCGGCCGCAAAAAGAGCGGCAAGGUCGGGCGUCGCGGAUUGGCCGGCACCGUUCUCGUUCACAAGAUCCUCGGGGCGUCCAAGGAGACGGGGGCUUCGCUGGCGGAUGUGGUGAAGCUGGGUAAGACGGUUACUGAAAACUUGGUGACUGUCGGCGCGUCGUUGGAGCAUGUGCAUAUUCCUGGGCGGGACGCGGCCACAGCUUCGACUGAUGACCAGGUUGAGUUGGGCAUGGGUAUUCACAAUGAGCUUGGAUGUCAGGUGCUGAAGCCGCGGCCGCAGCUUUCUGAGCUUAUUGAUGCGAUGCUUACGCAACUUCUCGACGUCAACGACGCGGAUCGAGCAUACGUUGACUUCUCUGACGCCAAGGACGUCGUUGUCCUGGUUAACAACCUCGGUGGUGUCUCACCACUUGAAUUCGGUGGCAUCACCGCAAAGGUCACGAGUGCGCUGAGCGGUCGUGGACUCAAGCUUUCCCGCGUCAUAUCAGGCACGUAUAUGACGAGUUUGAACGGGCCCGGGUUCAGCAUCACUCUCCUCAAAGCUACUCCCGAGAUUUUGAGGUACAUCGACGCCAGCACAAAUGCCAUCGGCUGGGCAUACUCUCCACGUGGUGAGACCAGCGGAGACGUUAAGCAGCGCCUGGUCGAGAGCAGCGAUUCGGGGCAUGCGUCUCAGAACGCUAGCAAGAGCGGCGUGCAACUGAACGUAGAAAUCUUCAAAAAGGUCGUCUCCGAGGCCGCAAAAAGAAUCAACGAAGCCGAGCCCCAGAUCACAGCGCACGACACGCAAGUCGGCGACGGCGACUGCGGCGUGACCCUCGCCCGCGGAGCCAAGGCUGUCCAAAAGUACGCCGACUCGUCCUCCGUCAGCGACGACGCCGUCCGCACGGCAAUUGAUCUCACCAACGUGAUCGAGGACAACAUGGACGGCACCUCGGGUGCCAUCUACAGCAUCUUCUUCGCGGCGCUAGCCUCUGAGCUGCGCAAGGCCAGCGCCGGUGUCCUUGACCUCCAAGCGUGGACCAAGGUCGCUGUCGGGGCCCUGGAGAAGCUUCAGCAGGCGACUCCGGCGAGGCAGGGCGACAGGACGCUUAUUGACGCGCUUGAGCCGUUUGUGAGGACGUUGGAGAGCUCGGGAAGUGUGGGAGAUGCUGUGGAGGCUGCGAGGAAGGGGGUUGAGGCUACCAAGGGCAUGGCGGCUUCUCUUGGUCGGGCGGUGUACGUGGAGGAAUCUGCGUGGGGUAAGGUGCCCGAUCCUGGAGCUGAAGGUGUCCUGGCGAUUUUUGAAGGUAUUCAAGCGGCUACUGUGUAG